CUCAAAUAGAGGGAAAGAAUGACUCAGAUCCAGCACAUCUCAACGAGCACUAUCCGACCAAUUAGCACUGAUACUGAUGAGUUAGCUCACCGGAGAAUCGAGUUAACUCCAUGGGAUCUACGAAUGAUCAACCUUGGUUACCACCAGAAGGGACUACUGUUUCACAAAUCGGCAGAUCAAGAAGUAAACCACGGCUUGAUACAGCACCUAAAAGCCUCCCUUUCUCGCACUUUGGAUAUUUUCUACCCGCUUGCAGGCCGCUUAGCAGUGACUGAAGUCGAAGACAAGGUAACUUGUAUUUCUAUCGAUUGCAAUGGCUCCGGAGCUCAAUUUGUCCACGCAGCUAGUGACUGUGUCACCGUGGCCGAUUUACUCAACCCUGCUUGCAUUCCUGAUGGCAUUAUCCACAAUCUUUUUCCGUUGAAUUCGGUUGUGAACUAUGAAGGGAUUUCGAAUCCAUUGCUUGCGGUGCAAGUCACUCAGCUCGUCGAUGGCAUCUUCAUCGGUUGCAGCGCAAACCACGCAGCUAUAGAUGGUACCUCUUUCUGGCAUUUCUUCAAUACUUGGUCUGAAAUCUCUCGUAUUGGUUCAGAUCACGUCUCUCAAAUACCACGUCCUGUUUGUGCUACUGGUCUCCCCAUUCGCCUACCCUUUUCUUACAGUAAAAUCAUCAAGGGUAAGAACAGAACUGAACCAUCUACAGAUGAUUCUUUACAAAGGGUAGUAUUUCAUUUUUCCAAAGAAAAAAUGACCGAGCUGAAAGCAAAGGCCAAUGCCGAGAUGGGCACCAAUAAUGUCAUCUCAUCGCUUCAAGCACUCGUGGCUCAUCUUUGGCGAGCCAUAAUUCGUAGCAAGCAUAAUCUCAGUCCUGAUGAACAGACUACAUAUAUGGUUGUUGUAGGAUUGAGGCAAAGAUUGAAGCCACCUUUGCCAAAGGAAUAUCUCGGAAAUGCCUUGUUAGGGGUAAUGGUCAAGUCCACUGCCGGUGAAUUGCUACAGCAAGGACUUGGCUGGGUUGCAUUGCAAAUAAACAAGAGGAUUGCUUCGAUGACAGCUGGAGAAGUGAGCAGGUACUUAGAAGAAUGGAUGACAUCUCCAGUGCUUGUUCCAAAUCCAAGCGAUGUUCCAAAAAUUACUACUAGUAGUAGCAGUGUUAAUUUGUUGAUAGGAAGCUCGCCGCGGUUCAAUGUGUAUGGUAAUGAUUUUGGGUGGGGGAGGCCGGUUGCUGUGCGAAGUGGAACUGCAGCGAAACAGAAUGGGAAUUUAACUGUGUUUCCUGGAGCUGAAGAAGGAAGUAUUGAUUUUGAAGCUUGCCUGUUGCCGGAGACUCUGCAGGCUAUGAAGGAGGAUGCAGAGUUCAUGGAGGCUGUGUUUACUAGCUGAAACUCUGAAUGGCCUAUUGUGCUGUUGCAGUUUGACUUCUCCAAUUUAAUUUUCAUAAUGUUUAAUGUAUUAUUUGGAUUCAACUAUUAAGAGAGAGUUUUUAGUGUAUGUCAUCACAAUGUCUGAUCCUUUUAGGCUUGUGAAAACAAACUCUGACCUCUGAAUCCAUUUUGAUCAUGUUUUGGGUGAAUCAACCACAUUGUGGGUUGAAUUCUUGCACAUCCAAAGAAGACAUUGGUUCUAUGAAGUUCUAUCAUAUUGUAUUUUGGGUUUCAAUUAAGAUCCAACAG